UGUCGCUAAUCCUCUACAGCUUACACAAUUCUUAUUUCUGAUAAGAGGUUUUUGCCAAUGCGCCGGAAUUCUCUGAGAGCCUUCCUUGCUGUCCCCAGAAGCAGCCAAACAACCCCCGCUCCAUCAACCACCAGAGGAAAAAGAGAUUUAUCCACCCAGAGGGAGGACAAGUCUCCGAUCAACAGCUGGAGACGAGUAUGGCUCCUAGGGGGUGGGCCAUGCCACUACUGGUGCACCUGUGCUGUUUGAUGAGGGCACUUGGAGCCAUGGGAGGCAGGGAGGCGGGCUAUAUGAGGGAAGCCCUCCAGGCCCUCCCGCUGGACGACCCGGUGCGGCUUCCGAGGAACCAGACGGGGGCGUUGGUCUCCAGUCUUCUCCAAACUGUACAGUGCCCCAGCCGGAUUGGGGGCACCCUGGACCAGUGCCAACAGUGCCUUACAGCCGACAUUCUGCUCUCCGUCUUGGAGGAUGAUGGGAGGAACUACCUCACCGAGGAGGACUUCGGCAGGGUCUCCACCGUGCUGCUCUACUACGUGGUCAACAUGAAGGACCUGUGCACCUCCAACAGCUCUGUGGUGCCGGGGGACUUCCAGUACUACCUCUCAGCCGUGACGAGCCUGCACCCUCAGGAAGACGAUGACUACCUGUCCCCCAAUGAAACGGAGAGCGUGCUCCGACUCAUUAACCAGCAUUACCAGGCAGGAGCCUCAUCCGGGCAGUGUGUCAAUGCCUCGUCUUUGAUGGAAGAGGUGGGUGUGGUGGAUAGCCGUGGGGCGGACCCCUCCGCUGUGGCAAAGCUGGCCGCGGCUAUUGUGAGCCACGCCCUCCUGGGCCGGUGCUUCAGCAAACGUGAUCUCCCCUCCCCGGGGUUCUUCAUCGACCACAUCUUCGAGUCCCUGAACCGCACCACCAGCCUGGAGGUGGCAGACCUGGAAGCUCUGUUGUAUCAGGUGGGUGUGGGAGGGGGAGGGGCCUAUUAUCACCACAGCAGAGGGAGGUGGAACACAAGAAGCCCCGUCCAGAGGUGGACGGACGCUGCAGAAUCUGAGAUCUGCCAUCAGGAGCCACACGAUCGCAGCAGAGAUUGGACAAAGGUCUGCUUCUCAGCCAAUCAGCUGGUGGAGAUUUUCGUGUUGGAGCCCCACCCCCUGAUCUCCAAGGAGCAAUUUGAGCAGAUCUGCCCGGCCAUCAUCCAGCAAAUGCUAGAUAACGCGUGCGGCUUUCAUGAGCAUCCAUUGCACAUCACUCCUCCCAGCGCUGUCGAGAAGUAUGGCUACAGCACGGCGGCUGUGCUGCUCAUCACGCUAAGCUCCAUGGCAGGUACCGCCCUUGUCUUCUUCAACACUUGUCAGGAGACCUAUGACAUGCUGCUACAGCUUUUUGUGGGCCUGGCGGUGGGCACACUCUCUGGGGACGCCCUGCUGCACCUCAUCCCACAGAUCCUGGGCCUCCACAAUCACAGCCAUCAAAAGGACCACUACAGCAUGGAGGGGAACGAUUACCUCUGGAAGAUCUUGGGGAUUGUAGCAGGAAUCUAUGGCUUUUUCCUCAUCGAAAGGAUCUUCUCUUUUGUCAUGCCAGCACACAGCCAGGGUCAUCUGUUCCGGAACGAGCGACCGGGCCAUUCUCAUGAUGUUCCACUGGAGCUGCACUGCAACGCUCAUUCGCAGAGGGGGAAAUCGAUCUCCACCAUGCAGCUGGGAACCUUGGAGGAGUCCGAGUGCACCGAAAUUCCUUCCGAUGAGCCCGAAGUGUGCAUUUCCCCUCAUCCGAAGAGAACAGGGGUGCCCCUGCUGGCCUUGAUGGUGACCGUCGGCGACAGCCUGCAUAACUUCGCCGAUGGCCUGGUCAUCGGAGCGGCCUUCUCUUCCUCGGUUGAGACCGGCACUGCGACCACUGUGGCCAUACUAUGCCAUGAGAUCCCGCAUGAAAUGGGCGACUUUGCUGUGCUGCUGAGCUCAGGUCUGCCUGUGAAGGUUGCUGUGCUGAUGAACUUCCUCAGUGCCCUCACCGCCUUCCUCGGGCUCUACAUCGGUCUUUUUGUCUCCUCGGACAUUGAGGUGCAGCACUGGAUCUUCACAGUAACCGCCGGGAUCUUCCUCUACCUGUCGCUGGUGGAAAUGCUUCCAGAGAUGAGCCACGUGAAGACCAAGAGACCUUGGCUGAUGUUCCUGCUGCAGAACGUGGGCCUGCUGCUCGGCUGGGCGUGUCUCCUGGUUGUGGCCAUCUUCGAGCACGACUUGAAGUUCUGAGGAAUGGACCGCACAGUUCCCCCAAUGGGUCUUUGCUUGCCCAUCUUUGCAUGGGCUGGUUCCACAACGGUACAUCGUGCGGUCGAGCCCCUCCCCUGUCUACCUUUCACUUAUUGAAAUGAAGAACUCGCUGCAUCUUCACAGAUGUUACCAGGAAGGAAAUGUCUCUGUACUGUCAGGCGCCAUGACUGGUGGUUUGUGCGGUUUGACCCAAAACAAAAGCAGUGGUUCAGGUUAAUACAGUAUUUGAUCACGUGACCAGCAUAAGCUGCCAUCUAGCUCCAGACCACUGCCGUGUACAAGGAAGCCAUCCUGCAAUCGUCUGGAUUUUUUAAUGCAUUUUUUUUUCCCAUUUUUUUACAUUGUGUCACCAGUGCAUUGUGGGACAGACAGCUCAUCCAGGUGAAAUUGAUGGCAUCAAAUGAUCUGAGGGUAACGGUUCGCAAGGACUCGCCACUCAGAUACAUAUCUUUCACUCUGACUGCAGGCCCCGUUGCCCUGGGUGACUGGACCCCAUGCCCACCCUGGGACUGGACUCUGUGUCCCCACCUGGGGCUGGACCAUGGUUAGUGCCUAGUCCUGAAUGGACAGAAAUGUGAUGAUUGGAACAGAAUCACCCCCGUUUUGCUGCGCUUUGUGGUUUUGCGGUCAGCUGCGUAUUUCUGCUGCUCAGCAACGUCUCUUUUCAUGAUUUAUAAAUCUAGUUCCACGGAAAAGGUGUCGCUUAAUCCUGUUAAAUAUUCAGCAUAGUCAAUGUCACCGUGAGAUACAGUCGUAAUAAAAGCAUCCCUAAUACAGUACUUCUCAGACUUUCUCUUUUAACUCUGCUUCUCUGCUAAGAAGUGAAGCACGUCUAGCAGGGGGGUCGGAGGUGGAUGUGGGGUCAGAUCCCAGGGCGCCGACCAAGAGAGGAGGAGGGUUUCUGGCUUUCCUGUUCCUAUGGGGCCCUGGCGCCCACCCGGGACGCGUUCCGCCACCCACCGAUUUGCUCUCCUCCUCCACGCUGACUCAUCGGGUGAGCAGCAUCGUGGGCUCCACGGAACAAUCGAUGCCCCCCCACCAUCAUCACCUCUUCUUAUUGUGCAAAACAGUGAGCAAAUAUGUGACAAAAUAGUGUUAUGUAAAAUUCAUAAGAAAUACAGCACUGGGGGGGAAGGCAUGUAGCAAACCAGCAUCAUGUGGACAGAACGGGACAAAAGCUCACAGAUGACCUGCUAUUUCAGCACAUAAAGGUCAGUGUGACACUGCUGUUGCCACCCGCACUUUAAUUCU